UUAGCUUUCAGCAUAUGAAUGCAAGAGCUGGCAACUACUUUAGGAGCCCUAAGGUCUGGCACAAUGUUUAUUUGAGGGGUUAGGGACUGCAGUUUGCCAUCACCACCACCAAAAACUGUGUCUCAAAGCGAAACAAAAAAUACAUCCUCAUUAAAAAAAAACAUGUAAUGAAACUUGGGGAUUUCUAAGUAAUGAUCCCAUAGCCAUUUCUCCUGCCAAGACAGAAUCUUUCUUGCACUUUAGAUAUAAGACAUAAUAGAUGAUACAGAAAUAAGGUUUUUUUUUCUCAGCAAGUAUUUUAAAUAAAACCUGUCAUACCCUCCAGUCUGGUCAUGUAGCCAGGUGGCUCUCAGAGGACUUCUUGUGAGUAGGAUGUCAUGUGGAAGUCUGGUUUCCACAAACUGGAUUGAAUAAACUGGUGAAAAAAAUAAUGAAGGAACUCAUAAUUGACUUGAAAUGACUUGCAGUCUUAGUGGGUAUGAUAAAUUUUAUCUUGAAUUUAGACAGAAGUAUUUUUUAGCUGCAUGAACAGCUACAUCUCUGUUUGUUAUCUCAGUCCUAUGGCAUUUGGAAGCUUAACUGGAGCUGUGCUGGGUUUGCACACUUGUCCUUUGGCAGAUUUGUUUCCAUCAGUGCCUUGCUUCACUGGGAUGUGACACGUGGAGCCUUGAUAUUAAAAUAGUUGGUAGGAAUAAAGAGAAAAAAGUCAGCAGUGAUCCAUCUCAUUUUGGUUUUGGCUUUUUCUAAGGUAGAAGCAUUAAGAAUUAUUUUGCUUUUUGUUUUAUUCAGGUCUCAGAGAUGGAUUCACCAGAAGGGGCCACAAUUAGAAGUGAGCAGAAAUUCAGGUAACUUGUAUUAGAGUUGAUACAAAGCUGUCUCUUAAUGCAAAUCUGAAACCACAGUGGGAAUAAACUAUUGAAUAUUGAAUACAAGAACAACAUCAUGCCUGAAAACUUGAAAUUAUCCAAGAAGCUAGUUUCUUCUCUGACCAAGUACUUCAUGCUCACUCAAGUUGUUUAUGAGGAAUAAAUAAUGAGAGGAAGCAAUUUGGGCUAAAUGUAGCAGGAAGGCAUGGAGUCAUCAAACACACUUCAUUUGUAGGCACUAGCUAGCAACCAUACCUACAUGUUUAUUGCUUUGCCUGAGGCCAUUUCAAGUUGAACAUUAUAGUUUGACCUAGACAGUUUCAGGUGAUUGUGAAAUAAGAGGUGUUAAUAAUCUUUAUUACCAUGUUACCAGGAACUGAAAAUCAGUAAAGGUAAUUUGGAAACUCAGGGGUUUCUGUACUAUUGAAAUCCUUGUUUGUACAGAAGUGAUUUUGCUGUAUGGUUUAUAUGCAUUUUCACUUCUUUGCUGAGUAAUCAUGAAAGACAGGUGUUCCUCACAGUUCCCUGUGCUGGUUUGUGCAGAGACUAUGGAUGUCACACCAACAUACCUCUGAGAGGGAUCUGUGGGUAGUAAUCUCUAAAUAGUGAGUUGGAUGAACCCUUGAUCUGAAGCAGCACGACUGCUAUGUUCACAUAUCCUACAGUGAUCAUCAAUGAUAAUAAAAUAUUCCACUUUUUCUGAGAAAAAACCCAAAAAUUUGUUUUCUUGGAAUAUUGUGACUUGCCCCUUUGAAAUAGUUCUACUUCCUUUCUAUCACAGGUUUUAGUUCAGUCACUGGACGUUCUUUUGCCUACUUCUUUCAGUAUUUCAUUGGAAAUGGUGUUUGGCUUGCCCAGUGGCCUGGAAAUUGGCAAUUGUCAAUUUGGACCACAGAGAUGGUAGUGAUUUGAAGCAUUUUUUUGGCUGGCAUUGACCAUUCACAUUUAUCUGUCUGAAAUGGCAAAAAGGCUUCAAUUGUUGGUUUAUGGGAGGCCAUGAGCUUCUUGUGGCUGCCCAUCUCAUUCCUUAUGUAGGAAUGGAGAACUCUGUUCCUGCUGGUUGGUUGGUGUUUUGCAGAAGCUUUAAUGGCUCAGGUGAACUUCUGGAGUCAGUCCCUGAGCUCUUCAGGCAAGCCAGGAAAUGCACCGUGAACAAUGAAUGCUUUUGUUUUCUGUGUUCAAGAAAAUUCUUAAAAAGCCUUGUAAGAAAGCAGCCUCGGGACCUUCUCCUGGUAAUUGGGACGGGGGUGAGUGCUGCAGUAGCCCCAGGAAUCCCUGCACUCUGUUCCUGGAGAAGCUGCAUUGAGGCUGUCCUUGGAGCAGCUGAGCAGCUGGAGGUGCUGCACCCGGGGGAUGUCGCAGAAUUCCGUAAGAAAGUUAGCAAAGAGAGAGACCUGCUUGUGGUUGCACAUGAUCUCAUCAGGAAGAUGUCUCCACGUACCGGGGACACAAAGCCCAACUUCUUCCAGGAUUGCUUAAUGGAGGUGUUCGAUAAUUUAGAACAACACAUUCAGAACCCUGUGGUUCUGCAAUCCAUCCUGAGGCUCAUGGAGAGAGGCACAAUGGUUCUGACUACAAACUAUGACAAUUUGCUUGAAAUAUUUGGUCAGCAACAGGGUAAACCUAUGGAAUCUUUAGACCUUAAAGAUAAGGAUAAGGUUCUUCAGUGGGCAAGGGGCCACGUGAAAUAUGGAGUUCUUCAUAUUCACGGCUUAUAUACAGAUCCCUGUGGAAUGGUGCUUGAUCCCUCGGGAUAUAAAGAUGUUACUCAAGAUCCUGAAGUCAUGGAGGUUCUUCAGAACUUGUACCGAACCAAGUCUUUUUUGUUUUUGGGUUGUGGAGAGACUCUGCGUGACCAGAUAUUCCAAGCUCUUUUUCUUUACACAGUAAAGAACAAAGUGGAUCUAGAACAUUACAUGUUGGUGCUUAAAGAAAACGAAGACCACUUUUUUAAGCUCCAAGCAGAUAUGCUGCUGCAUGGAAUAAAAGUGGUGUCCUAUGGGGACUGCUUCCAACAAUUCCCAGAGUAUGUCCAGGAUCUGACUGCUCAAAUCUGCAAACAGAGAAGUCCAGAUGCUGAUCGGGUGGACAGCACAACGCUGUUGGGAACUUCAUGUGUGGAUUGUGCUAAAAGGAAGUUAGGAGAAAGCAGCACUGAUUCUCCUAAGAGAGUCAAGCAGCCAGAUAAUGAUAUACCCCCUCUUCAAUGAAAAAGCCCCAAGCACUCCAAGCUUUUUAACAGUAGGUGUUUUACAUCUGCUGCAUGGAAAGUUUUGAGCUGGUAUUUCCAUGAUUUUCAGUGGAAUAAAACUGUACAUACUAGCUUUCUCUUUUCUAAA